AUGCUGUGGAAUCGUGGAACUGACACUUUAUCUUGUGAUGUUGAUUUAGGAGUUGAAAUGAUAGAGCCAUUUACUCGAAGAAAGUUACUUUCCGUUGCACAAAGAGUAUUUGAUCCGAUCGGGUUUUGCUGUCCUGUAACAUUGUAUCCAAAAUUACUUCUUCAAGAAAGCUGGAAGUCAAAACUCGGAUGGGAUGACGAACUAUCAACAGAUGUAACUGAAAAGUUUAAGAAGUGGUUUAAGGAUCUUUAUCUUUUGAAGGUGGUUGAAAUUCCAAGAUAUAUGUCAAUCGACAACUGUGUAUCAAUCAGUCUUCAUACAUUCUGUGAUGCAUCUAAAUUGUCUUUCGCAACAGUCAUUUUCUUAAGAAGCGAAAGUAAAGAUCAAGUGUCAGUGCAAUUGGUGCUUGCUAAAUCAAGAAUUGCACCAUUGAAAACGAUGUCAAUCCCUAGGCUGGAAUUAAUGACAUGCACAAUAGGCGUACGUCUCACUAAUACAGUAAAAAGAGCUUUAAGUAUCCAAGACAUUGAAGAAUAUUAUUGGACGGACUUGACUUCAGUGUUGUAUUGGAUAACUCAUGAAGAUACAUGGACUGUGUUUGUAAAAAAUCGAGUUAAGGAGAUAAGGAAAUUGUCUGACCAAACAAACUGGCGACAUGUGCCAGGUUCAGAGAAUCCUUCGGACUUACCUUCAAGAGGUUGCUCAGUUCACAAACUGAUAGAAUCUCGUUGGUGGGAGGGUCCUCAUUGGCUGAAGUUGCCGAAAGAAGAAUGGCAUCAUUCUACUUUAACUGAUGACACAGAAAAAGCUGACAGUGAGAGACGCAAGGUAGUUGCAACGGCAUUAAAUAAUGUCAAGGACUUUUCUUCAAAAGUUUUCAGCUACUUUUCGACAUACAAGAAAAAUCUAAGAAUGAUGGGAUGGAUAUUAAGGUUCUUAGAAAAUUCCCGUAAGAAAAGAGAAGAAAGACAGCAUGGAGAGCUUAAAGUUCAUGAGCUAGAAAAGGCUGAAAAAGUAAUAGUAAAGUUCAUACAACAUAACUCCUUCUCAUCUGAGGAUAUUGAAAAAUUAAAGUCCAUCUGUGUGUUUGAAGAUGAAGGAAUUUUGAGAGUCAAGACAAAGAUUUUCAGAAGGAAAGAUGAAGAAGAUUUUAAAUGUCCCAUAGUUUUACCCUCUGAUCAUCCUCUAGUGGAACAGUUAAUUUACGAAAGGCAUUUGGUCUCUUGCCACAGUGGAACUCAAGUUGUCCUGGCAGAUCUUCGACAAAAAUUUUGGAUUCUUAGAGGCCGGAAGACGGUUCAAAGGGUCUUGAAACAAUGCAUUCGAUUUCAAGCGGUGGGAGUGCCCGACUUAGAUAAUUUGGACAGCGUCAAUCUUUCUAAGAGGGUCAGAUACCAACAAAGGUUGAGAAAAGACCUAAGGAAGAGAUUUCGGGAAGAAUAUCUUGGUAUGCUUGUUCACAAGCAGGCAAACAAAGCCCUCGUCACCGGAAUAAAGGUUGGAGACAUAGUCCUCAUUGAUUGUGACAAACGACGACUAGAUUGGCCAAUGGGACGUGUAGUAGAAGUGCUUCCAGGAAAUCGUCAUGGUAGUGUGGUUCACUGUGGAGUUCUUCCUAAGACUUUGGUCUGCAGCUUGCAGAUCCAGGUACCAAGGAUGGAUCGGGAGAUUUAG